GGGUUUGCUCAGUUAAUGUUUGUGUCAAAUGCUGACAAAUACAUGUUGUAAAAUGCAUGAAUAACAUACAAAAUUUCAUUAAAUCAUUUGAAUUGUUAAAUAAAAAUAAACAUAAAAAUGCCGCAUGUACAAAAGCGAAAAAUUACGGAGACUAUAACAACAGUAGAGUCGAAUCAGCAUCGACCGCAUAAGAAACUACGCAUAACUGCAAAGCGUUCGACCAGUAGUGCCGGUCCAUCAAUACAAAUUCUAUCAAAUCUAUUGGAAAAAACGACAAACAGCAAUGAUGCAUUACAAAUUCUAACGCAAAUGUCGGAUACUUUGACCAAUAAUACGGCUGAUGAUAUUGUUGAAUCGCUGAAAAAGCUAUGCGAACACUUUAAACGGGAAAAAGAGUCGGCAGUCCGAGUGAAGGUAUUGUCUCUAUUCGGUGAGUUGGCAUCGGAAGCGUUACACGAUGGCACAAGUUUAGUCGAUGAAGUGAUUCUGUUGUUAAAAGGCGAAACAUCGCCCAAAGUAAUUUCACAGGGUUUACAUAGUCUUUUCAAAAUUGGUGAUACACAGCAAUUGCCAUUAACGACACUGAUUCGAAUCGUUUUAUUUGCAAAAUUACAAUUGACAAAUGCCAGUCACAAUGUGCAACGGCAUGCCUUAACAUUGCUUGGAGCAUUUUUGCAAUUGCGCGAAGCUGAAAAAGAAUCACUUGAUUUGAUAAGCCGAUACACCGAUUCGCAAGAUUCACGCGUUCGAGCCCAGGCAUUUGAUUCAAUUCUAACACUUGGACAACGAGGCGCAUAUCUACCGCCACGUCUCUAUUUUCGUGCCGUCGAAUCGCUGAAAGACGACUAUGAAUGUGUGAGAAAGGAAGCAUUACGAUUGGUAUAUGAGCUUGGUAUCAAACACACUGAAUUUAUGGUUGAUGUGCCCGACUCGGAUUCAAAGCUACGUUUGGCUGAUGCAGCCUUUGGACAUAUUUGUUCAGCCAUUUGUGAUUUAUCGAUGCAAGUUCGGACGCAGGCUGCCGGUUUGCUUGGCGGCAUGACCGCUGUUAGUCAUGAAUUUUUGCAUCAAACACUUGAUAAAAAAUUAAUGAGUAAUUUACGGCGCAAAAAGAGUUUGCAUGAACGAUAUACCGAAUUAUUUCAAAGUGGUGAGUGGUCGUCGGGUAAAAAAUGGGCAGACGAUGCACCGAAAGAGCAAAUAAAUGCAUCAACCGUAUCACUUAUGGCAUCUGGAGCAUGUGGUGCACUUGUGCAUGGCUUGGAAGAUGAAUUUCUUGAGGUGCGUACGGCGGCCGUCGAUUCGCUGUGCAAAUUGGCAUUAUCAAAUCCAAAAUUUGCCGUAAUGAGUUUGGACUUUUUGGUUGAUAUGUUCAAUGAUGAAAUAGAAGGUGUUCGACUUAAAGCCAUCGAUAGUUUAACGGCCAUUUCAAAGCACAUUACAUUACGCGAAGAUCAAUUGGAAACCAUGUUGAGCUCACUCGAAGAUUAUUCAGUUGAAGUACGUGAAAGUUUACAUGUAAUGUUGGGUGUAUGCCGAGUAUCAACGCAAAAUUGUUUAUUAAUGGUUGUCCAAAAAGUAUUGGACGUGCUAUCAAAAUAUCCGCAAGAUAAAUUUUCGGCAUUUGGAUGUAUGCAGCGAAUUGGUGCAAAGCAUCCAGAAAUUUGUAUGUCAUUGGUAACACAACUGUUGCAAGAUCAUCCAUUUUUCGAUAGCGCCGAAAAGGAUGUUGAAGAUCCAGCGUAUGUGUGCAUUUUGAUAAUGAUUUUUAAUGCUGCACAAAAGCUACCGCCAGCUCUCGGUCUUUUGCCAGAAAUAACAAUAAAGCAUUAUUCCUAUUUACGUGAUACGAUGCCAAAUUUAGUGCCUGCAUUGCCAAUCGGUGGAACAUCAACCGAAUUGAAGCUCACCGAAGGAUCGACUGGAUCUCGUCAAUUUCUCGAAACUAUAUUGAAUAAUAUUCGAGCAUCGUAUUCAGCACCGCGGGCACGUCAAGCACUGCUCACCGCCGCUCAAGACAAUUUAGAUCGAUUGGCUACAAUUGAUCCAGAGUUAUCGGGCACAGCAAACUAUACGGCCACAUUUUUGGGCGCUCAACUAUUGAUUGAACAAUUGCAAUCGUGUUUGACAAUGCCAACAAGUCGACCACCAUCCAAAGAAUCUCUCAAUCAAUUGAUGAAAAAAUGCCUUAAAUUACAAAAUCUUUUCUCAUCGCUGACACCAAACGAUUUGCUAAUGGUGAAACAGAUUAGCUUGCGGGCCAGUGCAUUGCAUCUGGUAUUGAUUGUGAAAGAUCGAUCGCAGAGUGCAUUGGCACCAUGUCAACUACUUUUACAAAUUGCAUCCGAUACAAAUCAAUUUUUAACGGAAAAUCCAAACAUGCGAGCCGAUGCAUUCACCACAUCUAUAUUAAAUCAAAUAUCAAGCAUGAACGAUCCCAAACCGGGCCGGGUAUUUCGUGAAAUUUUACCAAUCGUUCAAACCGCUUCUCCAGUUGCAUCACCCGAAAUUAAUAUUAAUAUACAAAUUUGUACCGCUCGUAUUUUGGAUCCAUCAUCGACCGACGUAAGUGAACUUCCCGCCACCAAAGUGUCGGCCGGCCUCAUUGCAGCCGUACCAUUUUUGGGUGAAAUUGAUAAUUUGCGAGAUAGUCAACGUUUGAAUUUGCGCAUGAGAGUUAAAUAUCCAGAUCAAAAUGUUCACUUGAUGAUGCCCCGAAUGCGAGAUUUAAAACGCAUCAUUUCUGAGAAUGGCGAAAACACAAAUAAUUGGCGCCUUCGAACGAACCUACUAUUGUCACACGUUGUGUGGACGGAACAAUGUCAAGUCGAUGUGUCGCUAUGUUUAUCAGUAAGACCCGGACACGAACUGGAACUCUGCAAGCCUGUUAAGGUUCUUUUGCAACCACGGCCAGUUAAACGCGGAAUUUAAAUUUAUUUUGUAGUAUUAAUUGAAAUGUCUCACAAAUUACUUGUUUAGACUUUGUAGAAAUAAUAAAUGGUAUUUCUAUUUUUUUUGUAA